AUGGCUGAAGACGGCCCAGCAUGGCAGUCUGCACCCGUCGCUCAGCAUGCUGACGGCCAUGACGGUAAACUCGAUACCCAGGCCCGUCCUAUCCAAAAUGUCUCUCGCAAAUCCACCCUCUCAAAAUCCGCAUUCGAUUACAAUAUCACGGGCUAUGGCGGGUCCGAUACGCCCAUGACAACGAAUAAUAGGGCUAGUAGGAUAAUGCCAGACUUGGAUGAGUAUUUUGUCGGCCCAAGAGACCUCGAAAAACAUUCCAAACUUCCAUAUUGGAUGCAAAUGCACGGCAGCGUCCUCCCACGCAUGAUUCUUCCCAUGGCCAUGAUAGCAGGCUGGUCAACCCUUAUAACGUGUCUCCACAAGUUCGUUGUAGGACUCGACGUAUCCAGCCUUCUCCUCACAGUCCUGGGUUUUGUAGUCGGUCUCGCACUCUCCUUCCGCUCUUCCUCCGCAUAUGAACGCUACUCCGAAGGCCGCAAGACCUGGUCCACACUCUCCGUACAAUGCCGCACUCUCGCACGAACGAUAUGGGUACACAUUGAAGAACGAGAUACAGAUCCGCAGUUGGCGAAAGACGAUUUGCUUGCCAAAGUAACGGCCAUGAACCUCAUUCUCGCUUUCGCAGUGUCCUUGAAGCAUAAGCUGAGGUUUGAGCCAUACGCGCAUUAUCCAGAUAUUCAGAGCUUGGUGGGUCAUCUUGACACAUUCGCAAAGGCGGCGAGAGGCGAAGAACACGCGAACCAGAAGAAGAAGACGCCAUGGAAGGUCGUGGGCGAGUACCUUGGCCUGCAGAUGGCAAGCUCCAACCCACGGAAAGAAUUGAAGCGUGCAAGUAGUCCACUCGGAAACUUGCCGCUCGAAAUCCUCACCUACCUUUCCUCAUACAUCGAAGAGUGCUCCAUGAAUCAGACUUGCAAGACUCCCGUUGUUCUGGGUGCACUGUUGGGAAACCUAGCUUCUUUGACCGAAACUCAAUCUUCCGCCGAACGCGUCCUCACCACUCCACUCCCCGUUGGUUACAACAUCCUCAUCUCCCAAAUCGUCAUGCUCUAUGUCUACAUCCUGCCCUUCCAACUCGUCGGUUCCCUAGGAUGGAUUGCCAUCCCAGGCACCAUGGCCGCAGCAUACAUAAUUAUCGGUCUCGCGGCGAUUGGAAACGAGCUCGAGAAUCCAUUCGGCAACGAUGUGAACGAUCUUCCGCUCGACCAGUACUGUGCUGAGUUGGCCAAGGAGCUGGAUGUCAUGACUAGUGUAAAGGCACCGCUGUUUAGCCAUUUCUUGAAGGGUCCAGAGGCGAAGAAUAAUGAAGUGCUGUGGCCGUUGAGUACCAGUGGGUACGGGGAGUGGAGAGAAAGGAGUGAGGCUGAUAUCCGGAGUGCUUUGAGAGCCAAGGUAGCCGUUGGUAAGCCGGUGAGUAUGCGGAGUCGGACGCCGAGUAUGAAGCAGGAGAUGUCU